AUGUUCCGCGAACCAGGACAAAUGGAGGAGAUUCACGAAGCUCAUUUUUAUCAUGAAGAACCGUUGUCGACUCAAGUUCACUCGCCGCUUAUAUACGAGAAAGGGAAUUUCCAUCUCAACCUACAUACAGAUAUACAUCAUAACCCGAGAAUGGAGCAAAUACGAAGGAACAAUAUUACCACAGAGAUACAUUCUCCCGAUUUUGGAAUAUUAAAACUGGCCUCGCCCGAUCUUGAGAAAAUGUUAUUGGCUUUUCAAUCGGGGAAUAACGAUAGCCCAUCCACAACACAUGUUAGUAAUAAUACAACCGUAAUUUCGAACGAACAACUCAAUGUUACAAAAGGCCUACCCGAGGUCUUACAAGAACUACAUGAUCGGCAGGAAAGCAAUGAACUUAAAACUAUUAUACCUCAGAUGAACACGGGUGGUUAUGUCGAUGAAACGGUUGGCGGAACUGAUCAAUUAUAUUUAACGACGGACGCCAAUGGAGUAAUCACAGUUGCAAGUACGCGAGAUAAAUUUCCUAACGUACAGAACUCCUAUUGCGGGAUUCCAACAGAAAAUAAUACAGAAAAACAAUUAAACCAGACUUAUGUAUUACCGAGUUACCCAAAUAACAAUUUGUUACCUAAUACAACCGCGCAACUCUACACGACUCCGUUACGGCACCCUACGGAGGAUCACGAAGCGGUGAAUCAAUUGCGCGCGCUCACGGCGUACAAUAACGUUCUCGCAACAAAUUCCGCGUUUCCCUCGCAAGUUUUUAAACUAGACGGUUCGUCAAUUUUUGGCGAUAAUUCGUCCUUACAACCCAUCGACCUUGAAAUGCAGGAAAUGGUGAAACGGGAGAGGAAAAAACAGCGAAACAGAGUCGCUUCUUCCAAAUGUCGGAAAAGAAAACUCGAAAAAGAAGCGGUUCUCGAAACGACAGUAAAGGAUUUACGAGCGAGGAACGUCGAGCUUAGCACUUUGGCAAAUGCGUUGAAGCAACAAAUUUGUGACCUGAAACAGAAGGUUAUGGAUCACGUGACAGAAGGUUGUCCAAUGACGUUGCACAACGUGGAGGACCCGGAUGAACUGUACAACGAAGGAGAUUGGGGCUCAUUUUCUGAAAGAACGUAA